AUGGGUCUUACUCGCGAUGGCCAGGAAUUAAACACGACAGACAAUCAUUUUGUGGCGGUGGAGUUCGAUAUCUAUCAGAACAGCCGUUGGGAUCCUCCCGGCCUACAUGUAGGUAUUGAUAUCAAGUCCAUGAGAUCUAUUGCUAAUGUGUCAUGGUUAAUUAGUAAUACCUCGAUUAUGGAAGGGAGAAAGAAUGAAGCUUGGAUUAGCUAUAAUUCUAGUUCUCAUAACUUGAAUGUUGUCUUCACUGGUUUAAGAAACAACGUUCCUGUAAGGCAGUUUCUUUCCGAAAUUGUUGAUUUGAGACUUCACCUACCUGAAUUUGUUGCUUUUGGAUUCUCAGCCGCAACAGGAAACGCUUCUGCAAUGCAUACCAUUUACUCAUGGGAUUUUAGUUCCAGUCUGGAAACUGAUGAUGGUAUUGUAACUAAUCCAACAUGGUCAAGUGCUCCAAGCCGAAGUAAAAACAAGAAGUUAGGGUUAGGCUUGAGGUUGGGCGCCGGUGGAUUUGUUUCGGUUGGUGGGUUGGCUUUGGUUCUGUUGGCCUUAUGGAAGAAGAGUAGGAGAGAUCAAGAAGAUGAUCUUGCCUUUGCUAUAUACAUGGAUGAGGAAUUUCAGAAGGGAACGGAGCCAAAGAGGUUCUCGUUUAAGGAAUUGGUUCGUGCCACGAAAAAUUUUAGUGAUGAAGAAAAGCUAGGUGAGGGAGGAUUUGGAGGGGUUUACAGAGGAUUUUUAAGGGACUCAAAUGCCUCUGUUGCUAUUAAGAGGGUAUCAAAAGCGUCUAAACAGGGGAUAAAGGAGUAUGCAUCAAAAAUAAAAAUCAUUGGCCAAUUAAGACAUAGAAAUUUGGUGCAGCUCCUUGGGUGGUGCCAUGAAAAGAGAGAACUCCUGCUCGUUUAUGAGUUCCUAUCUAAUGGAAGCUUAGAUUCAUUUCUUUUUAAAGACACUAGCUUACUGAUAUGGGAAUUGAGGUACAAAAUUGCCCAAGGCUUGGCCUCAGCCUUACUCUACUUGCACGAGGAAUGGGAACAAUGUGUGGUACAUAGAGAUAUAAAAUCAAGCAACAUUAUGCUUGAUUCAGACUUCAAUGCUAAACUUGGGGAUUUUGGGUUAGCUAGGUUUGUGGACCAUGCCAAAGGGUCGCGAACCACUGUUUUGGCAGGCACGAUGGGCUACAUGGCUCCCGAAUGUGUGACAAGCGGUCAGGUCGGCAAGGAAUCUGAUGUCUAUAGUUUUGGAAUUGUUGCUUUGGAGAUAGCUCGUGGAAGAAAACCAGUAACUCCUAGAGCUCCUGAAGAUCAAGUAAUAAUGUUGGAGUGGGUUUGGGGGCUCUAUGGAAGAGGAGAGGUGGUUGAAGCAGCUGACCCAAGGUUGCUUGGAGACUUUAAUGAGAAGCAAAUGGAGCGGUUGAUGAUUGUUGGGUUGUGGUGUGCUAGGAAAAGUCUGAAUGCAGGCACGGGGGGACGAAUUGCGCACCAAACUGUUGACGUGGAUUAAUAAAUAAAACGGGGCGUUUAAGUCUAAGCGAGAAAAGCAGCAAAUAUCUUUGGGGAUUGAAAUCUGACAGAUUUCGUAAUUAAGAGAAAUCUUUUGCCCUCCCCCCAUUCAGAUUUCCUUCCCCUUCGUUCAGCUUUUCCCUCCCCCCUACGAAACUCUUCUCAUCUAUCAAUCUCUCCCCCGUAUGAUGUUGUACCUUCGCAUCUUAAUCUUGACUGAAAACCAGUUGUAUUUCUUCUACUGGUUGGCGUAGAUUUGUAGAGAUUGCGAAAACCCUAAAUCGAGAUUGAAAGAUCCGAGUUUGGAAACCCUAAAUCGAGCCUAACAGAAAGCAUUACGUUCUGAUGUCCUGUUUGGCUGCCGAGAAAGUGGAAGGAAUAGGUUCGAAAAUUUGAACUUAUUUUAUUUGUAAAAAUAUAGUUGAUUUGUGUGUUUAGAUUAAUUUGUUGAAAAGGUUUGAACUGAAGGUCUCCUAAACUAAAACCAUCAAAAUCUGACAAGCCAUUUAUCAAGUUGGUCAUAUUAUAAUAUAAAUCAAACCUUAAAACAAAAUUUGGUUUUAACUUUCGAUGUUCAAUUCAAAAAUUUUUAAAAAAUUAACACAGAGUUAUCUAUCAGAUUACUGAAUUGUCUUAACACUCCUCAUGAAUAAUUCAAGCAAAAAAUGUCAUUCAACACGUAAAAGCUCCCCUGUGGUGUUGGUAUCAGAUGGAACAUCUACAAAAAAUGAUGUGUGAAAAAGUUAGAAGGAAAGAAAUACAUGACUGACAGAAACAAUAGAUAGUAGUAUGGUUAAAAUGACAUAUGAAAGAGACUUAGGAAAGCAAUAAUUACACAGGAGAUUAGAAUGUAAUAGAGUAGAAUAUGUUAACUAACAAGAGAUCGAUUCCUCAUUCAAUAACCAAGUUCUAGAGGAACUAUCAAGUUGAUCAUUCAAAAUCCAACCUUAAACUUCCACCACUCAUAUUAUAAUAUCAUUUGUACAGCUAGAAAACUCAGAAAGUGAUCUUUUUAGGUAAUUAAAGUAUAUUUUUUUGAAAUA